CUUCGAAUUGUCAAAUUCCUGCUUUUUCGCAUCCAGUUUAAAUUUCGCGUUCCUCGCGGGUGAAAUAAUGCUGACAACUCGAAACAAGUGCAAGUGUUUCGCGUCUUUUCCAUUUUUGUAGUUCAUUUUCGUUACAAAAUUUCCAUGGAACAUAAAGAUUCGUGUCUUAUAGGGGAACCAAAUGCGCUAGGCAUUUUCAAAACACUUUUUUUGUUUCUCCAAAAUCACAAUCUUCCAAAAACAGCCGAAACGCUUCGUGAAGAAUGGGGCGUACUAGAGAACGAGAUCGAGAAUUUAACAAAUUUAUCUGUACUGUUGACCAGAUGCAAAUCUUCCAGAAAUCAAGCCAAUCAAACUGCACAUGCUGAUAAGUCCAAAAAAUUAAAUACACAGGAUUGGCUUGAGGGCACUUUCCAAGGGGAAACGUUUCAUAUUAAAGAGAACGAGACACGUGUGUUUUUCGUUUGUGAUCAUUGUCAGGAAAAAAGAUGUCAAAAAGGGAAACGAGACGAGCUUGAAAAAAAUCUCGAAACGCCAAAUCAUAAGCAGCCAAUUUCACCAAGUUACAAUCCUAGAAAUUUAAAAUGUACGUUUACUCAGCUCCAAGAUGAUCAUCAGAAAUUAAUUGGCCAAACAAAAAAUAUCUAUUCCGUUCUGGAACAUUGCAAAGACAUAUAUCCGUCUUUGUUCGAUAAAGGCUGUAAUACUCAAUUAUUGUCUUCCUUUGAUAGUAUAAGUCCGGAUGAAAAAGAAUAUGGUGUUGUUAAUUUGGAAUUCAGUGCUGAAGAAGAUGCUAAUAAGGAGACUAAUAAUAAUUUUAUUAUAAAUAGUGCUUCCCAAUACCUUAAUGCAUCAUCACUAGAAAUGCAGAUACCUCAAGUUAUAGAAGAAAAUCUUCAAAGUUUGAAUCCAAGAUCCAGAAGUCCGGAACGUGUUCGCAUAAAUUCACCCCUCAACAGGACUGAUAUCGAACAAAUCGUCACUGAUGUCUUGAAAGAUUCUAUUAAGUCUCCUAGAAACUGUGGCGCAGGUGAAGGAGAUCUUUCCAGGAGCGUACCGGAGCAUAGGAUUACCAAAAACGAUACAGUCGCAAGAAACAAAAUUCUCGAUUUAUACAUAUUCAACGACGUUUUGGAUUUAUACGCUUGCGUUAGUAUUCCCGAAAGGCUUUUACUUGCGUACGGAUCAGACCAUUACGUAAAAGAAUCUACUUGCAGACUAAUUAACACCUUAGCUUCAUUAAAACAAGGACGAGAUUAUUUAACAAUAGAUGAAAGAUUACUCAAACGAGUACUAAUUAAGAAAGUUAAAGACGUGAGGACUGUGUCUGGAGCAGUUAUGAGAAAUAUGCUGGUAGCAACUGUUCAAAAGCUCUCAAUCAGAAAACAAUGCAGGGUCCAAAUGGUUAAAGAAGGCUUAUUUGAAGUCAUGGUGGACUAUUUAGAUGAAUUUUACGAUAAACUAUCAAAAUAUUGCUUGGAAUAUUGUUCAGCUCUUUUGAUGAAUUUAUGUUUGGUAGAUCAAGCCAAAGAACGUUCGACCAGACUCCCUAAGAAAAUUGUUGGUUUGUUAAGGAAAUUUCUUGAAGGUGAAGUCGACUUUUGUCUUCCUUACAUCAACGGAGUCAUGUUCAGUCUAUUCGAAAAAGAAGAAAUUGUUUCCGAAGCUACCAAUCAGAAUUUGGAUAAGACUAUAAUGAAACUCAUACAGAGUACGCAGAGCGAAAGUGUAAAAAAACAGCUGGAUUUCAUUCUCCAAUCGCGACUUUUUGGUAAAAGUGACCCGAAUAUUCACGACGACGAUGAAGACAAAAAAUCCUCUCACUCCGUAACGUUUUCUAUGACAAAAAGAGAAUCAUCAAAUUCAGCAAAAACAUUUUCGGAAGAAACCAAACAGUUUCUACACAAGCCAUCUACGGAACGAGGAAUUUUCGACACAGUCAAACAUAGAAGGUAUGGUACAACCUGUUCUCAAAAUGUAUUGAGAAAUUUGAACAAAAGGACUCAAAAUCAAAGUAGAGCAAGUCGGAUAUCUGCAGCAACGCCGUUAUGCUAUAUGGAAAAUUGUAAAAGGUUACAACAUGGAAAAAAUGCUGAAUGUUACUGUUCAAAAUGCGUCCCGGGCCAAAAUAGAUACUCUUGCGGAUGUUACGAGGCAAUAAAAAAAGAAAUUGGGGACACUAAUGAGGCAGAUGGUUAUGGUGAUCAAAAUUUCAAAGUUAUUGAGCCCAAAAAUAGUCAGCUCAAAUCGGAAAUCACUGAAACACCAAGUGCUCUUGGUGUGCAGUCAAAUGUUAAUAUAAGUCAAAGAUCAACUGCCACUAGUGCCACUCUUCAUCCAAAUAUUGAUACAUCCAAGUCUACAAAUAUGAGACCAAAAACUGACAAUAAAGAGGGUGGUAGAAAAAAAAGUGGAUGUAAAGUUUGCGGAGAGAAAAAAUGCGAAUGUGCUUUCGAAUCCAGACCAAAAUUAUGCAGGACACCUACGUUGUAGAUUUUUAAAUAUAAUGUAAAUAAAAUUGUAUUUCUGUAAAAUGUAUGGUUUUAUUUACCGCUCAAAAUUCAAAUAAACAAAACAAAAAUAUUUAUUUUCUAUCAAUUAUAUUUUUCCAAAUGUUUCCCAAAAUUGCAUGAUAUCGAAUGUCGUCCUAAUUGUCUGGAAAUAGAGCAGGAGUGUCAUCCACCGUUCGUCUUUCACAGGAAGCCAUUUGCUUUAGUUCAGACAAUAAAUACUGGCAGACGUUGUUAGCUGCCAUUUUAAAAUAAAAUUCCGGAACUGGCAAAACAGAAUGCCCGUUACGUUUUCCUCCGGAGGCUUCCCAGUUUCUGGAAAACGUUACUUGGGCGUAAGACUGUGUUACCACUAGGAGGAUUAUCGAAAGAAUUAUCGGGAACAUUCUACAAUUAAUGACUGUCAUUUUUCUGGAAUAGGUUCUUCUUAAGCAAA